UUUAACUGUCGGCACUACUUAUAAUCCGCCACGUGUUCUUAAUAGGACAAGCAGAUUAUUUCAUGUCUCAAAGAGGGUCCCACCAGAUCCUUAUCUCCGGUAAGUCACAAGCGAGGCUGAACCUACAAAAACAAAACAAAACAGAUUUCUUUCCCUUUUCUUAUCCAUCUUCAGCUUCUUAGAAUGAGCUUCGGGUUAGGGUUUGAUUCCACUACAACCAUGUCUAUUUUAACAAAUCCUUAGCUACUGUCUGGUCGAAUUUAGAAAGAAAAAACCAAAUCCCGCAAAAGAAAAAAAAUGUCAACAACAUCAGCAUCGUCACCGUCAUCGUCAGCGUUCAUGGUGAUCUGUCUCCUCCACUCGGUGAUCGCCUUAUCAAGCGGCGCACUCAUGGUGUUCCACAUGAAGGAAAUUUACACCUUCACACACGGGAUCGAGACUGCCACGAAACUCCUGGGCUCAACCCCACAUGAUCAGCUCUUGAUCCGGACCUCUGAUUCAUUCUCGGGUUUGCUUCUAUUCGCAAUCGGGUUCUUGCUGUUCAUGGUCUCUUUUGUUAAAGACAAAGAGUUCCAAUCGUUCUUUGCCAAAGGCUGCACGGUUUUGCAUGUCUUCGUGGCGAUCUGGAGGUUCUGGUUCGAGAGAAGAGUGGAGGAUUUGGCUUGGGAUUGGCUUAGACAGACAGUUGGCGACAUUUUAUUGGCUCUCUCUUGGGUAUUCUUUCUGGUUUACUCUUGGAGAGAAAAGUAUGAUUAAGAUUUAAUUUUGCUGAUUAAAUUUACAUUUUCCUUUUUGCUGCUGCUUUUUCAAAUAGUUUUUUGUUUUUUAUUUUGUAAUUUGGACGUGUAUAUUUUGUGAAAUUCAGUUAUGUGAGUCCUUUUGAAACGUAGUCUAAGAUGAAUUUGAGAAAAUUUUCACCUUUAGCUUUAUUUACACUUGAAAUGGUGCAUAUGCUGAUUGGCAAACUAUUGGUUACAAUGUGAAAUGGUGAUUUCUGAUGUGAAAUUCAAGCCUAAUCCUUUUGUUCUUUGUAUGUGUUAAGAUGUUGCAAAUAUGUAUUUUGAGUAAUUGAAGGGUGCUUUUUUCUUUCUUUUUUUUUUUCCUUUGGGGAGCUGAAAUAAGUGCUCUUUUAUUUAGUUUCUGAUGAAGAAUACCAAUGAAAGAGGUGGGGUUGCAGAGAGUAUACUAUGUCUUUCUUUCAUAAAUUGGAUGCAAAUGAUUUUGGAAUGAUCUCUAAAGAGCUGAUUUACUAUUACCCAUUUAGGUCCAUAUAGAGCUUAGAAACUAGUAAGUUGCAAUGUAGAAAUAUGAUUGAUUAUACAAAAAACAAAGCCAUAUAUAUUGCCAAUGUAACUUUUAACAUCUACUUGAAGAAGGGUAUAUGUGAAAUCUUGAUCUCGAUAUGGAUAUGAGCUGAAAACGGCAUGAGGGUUGAGGAAAUUGCCAAGUUGAAAGUCUAUCUUGAAUUCUUGGUAGCUUGAAAAGAAGUGGCAGGAAGCGGUUAUGGUACUGAAUUUUGAGCUGCAGAGUUCACCUGAAGCCACAGUCUCUUAUAAUCCAGCAUUUUACUUUCAUAUUAAUUUUUUUAUCACCGUUUGUUUUUGGUUGAUAAAUUUAAAUACAUGAAUUUUCUCUCAUAAAUGAUGCGCAUGUUCAGAUGUAAAUGCAUGCUACUUAAAAUAUAUGUAGAUAUGUUGUGGAAUUGACAUGGUUAUUACUGCUUUUAUUCUUGCACUUGUUGCAUUGAUUAUCUGUUCAUCUUCUAUUCCAGUUUCCUUUUAUCAUGUAGAAUAGGUUUUCAAUGAAAUUCUCUUCCAUUAAUGCUGCUUUAAUUGUUGUUUCUACUUGGUUCUUUAUGCUAACAUCUUUGAUAACUAAUGCCCACUGUCUAUCCAAGUUCUUCAUGGUUCAAGGUUUAUUGAAAGUGAAGAUGGACAGAUUUUCAAUGAAAUUCUCCUCCAUUAAUGCUGCUUUAAUUGUUGUUUCUACUUGGUUCUUUAUGCUAACAUCUUUGAUAACUAAUGCCCACUGUCUAUAGAAUAGGUUUUCAAUGAAAUUCUCCUCCAUUAAUGCUGCUUUAAUUGUUGUUUCUACUUGGUUCUUUAUGCUAACAUCUUUGAUAACUAAUGCCUACUGUCUAUCCGAGUUCUUCAUGGUUCAAGGUUUAUUGAAAGUGAAGAUGAGGAUUGCUGAAUACCUUGUUGUUUACUUUAAAUAUGUUUUCUUUGGCCUGCCUGUUCUUGGUGAUGACUGAUUGAAUUUACAAGAAACCUUCAAGCAAUAGAACGGGCCAUCAGCAUAGGGUUUUACAUUGUUUGCAUCUUUCAGAAAACCAACAAAAUGUGCUCGAUGGGACAGAUGUGAUGCUGAUUAUCCACUCGUCCCUGGCCUUGCUUAUUUAUCAUAAAUAAAAUUUACACAAUCAGGAUCAUCUGUUGGCGGCUGAGGCCUAUGGGAAGUCUAAUGUGCUGAGCUGGUUCCUGAUGCAAGCCCAAGAAAGAUGUUGAGUAGAAAGGUAGCAUCAAGGCUGAAGUAGAAAAGUCUAGGCCACUUUACCCGUGACUUGAGGCCUUUGGCACUAGUUGUCAGAAAAUGGUUACUUUGGACUUGGAUCAUAACGGCCCUAACUUGUAGUAUGUACUUCUAUUUCAUGUCUCCCUCCAACAUAAGGCCUGCUCAAAGUUCAAUGGCUUUAUCGUCAUUCUACUUGCAGAACGAGAUCGCAGUUCUGGGAUCAGGUCAGGUAUGGAGUAGUACAAAUCAUGAGUUCUGCAAAAGAAUAUGAAAGUUCGCUUGCAAUUGAAGAAUCUGAUACAAGAUCAACUACAAGCCUGAGUUCUGACAAACAGCCAGCUCUAUAUAUUUCGGUAUACAAAAUUA